GCUACCAUUCUCUAAUCCCCCCUCGACCUAUUCAUUGGCCUUAUGUGACGCCAUAGGCCUUAUCAGCCAAAGCUACACAAAACCCGGGAGUGACGAGAUCUUACUUAUAUAGACUUUGUUGAAGAAACGCAAAUAUGAGAACGACAUCGAUGCUCCUGGCGCUGCUUUUGGUUGGGGCCGCGCUUUCAGCCCCUUCGUCGGCGAGGCAAGCAGCGCUCAUAAAUGCCUUCAGCGACCGAAAGACAGUGGAGUCCAUCGUCGACUGUUUCCUCGGCAAGAAGAAGUGUUCCCCAGAGGAGGAGAAGAUGAGAGUGCGUGCUCUCGCCACCAUGAGGAACUUCGGCACAUGUCCCUCCAACCUGUGCACUGCCGACGAGGCCGACGAGAUGAGCACUGCCAUGGGGCUCCUGGCUGAGAAGUACCCCGACCUGUGGGCCAAGUUGAUCGCAGCUAUGUUCGGCAUCGACCUUGGGAGAAAAUAGGGCUAGUAAUAUAAAGAUGUAGCUUUAGUUGUAUGUUAUCGUGUUUUUUUUUUAUAAUAAAGUUAUUUUGAGA